AUGUCCACCCGUCGCAUCGCCCAAAUCGUCCACCUCAAGCCCUCCGCCGUCGAAGCCUAUAAAAAAUGCCACGCAGCUGUUUGGCCUGAAGUACUCCAACAGAUCCAAGACUGCAACAUCACAGAUUACUCGAUUUUCUUCGAUAAUGACCGCACACUGUUCGCUACAUUCAAAUGGGUCGGGACUGAUUGGGAGAGCGAUAUGAAGAAGAUGAGCGAGAAUCUGAAAGUGAGGGAGUGGUGGGCUAUGACAGAUGGGAUGCAGGAAAGCCCUAUUCCCGGUGCCAUAAGCAGUGCAGAAGGCCCCGGCUGGUGGAAGGUUUUGGAUGAGGUGUUCCAUACGGACUGA